AUGCCAGCAAUGCUGGAUGAUCCGAGUGCGCCUGUCAUUUACAGGACCUCGGGCGAGGUACCGUAUCCUCCGCCUGGCGGCCCAUUGCCUGUGGGCAUUGCGCCCAUCCAAGUCACUCUUCGCGACCGAGUCACCACUGCAACCAUCAUACCAUUCUCUGCGCCAGUGCAGGUACCGCUCACACUACUGGCAUACCUAUGCGAUCAGUUGGGCCGCGAGAUUGAGAAGGGCGACACAUACCCCAUGGUCGAGCCGCUGCCCCUCGAGAACUUCGGCCCGUACUGGUUCGGAGUGUUCGGAGCGAUCAUGCUCCUAGGCGAAAUACAGGAUGGCAGAGAACUACAUGACAUGGCGCAAAGAGGCUGCGAUUGGGAAAGGGAAUGCCUAGGCAGCUUCUACAUCAAGCCAAACUACCCAGGUCGGUCCAGUCACGUCUGCAAUGGCGGAUUUCUGGUCACAGAUGCGUCCCGCAAUAGAGGUGUUGGGCGCCUGAUGGGAGAGACAUACCUGGAUUGGGCACCGAAGCUGGGCUACACAUACUCCGUCUUCAACCUGGUAUACGAAACCAACGUAGCGUCAUGUCGGAUAUGGGACGCCCUCGGCUUCAAGCGUAUCGGGCGUGUCAAGGGCUGUGGUAACCUCAAGUCAUACCCAGGAGAGCUGGUUGAUGCCAUCAUCUAUGGCCGCGAUCUUGGUCAGGAAGACGACUUUGUGUCCGAAGAACGUUUCGACAAGAUUCGCUUCUACCUCAAGAACGGCAAAUACCCAAACGGCGCCGACAGAGCGGAGAAAAGUCGUCUUCGCAGCGCCGCCACACACUACAAGCUUACGCCUGGCAAAGAUGACGAGCCAGAGAAGCUCUGGUUGAAAGGCAAGGAGGUCAUCGCGGAUCCUCAGAAACAGUAUGAAAUUGCGCGAGAUCUCCACCAUAAGUCGCAUGGUGGCAUCAAUAAAACUACAGCUGCUAUUGCUGAGCUUUACCACUGGGUCCGCAUCAAGGAGACCGUUAGCCAAGUCAUCCGAAAUUGUCCUGAGUGCAGCGAGAUGAACAAGGGCUUGUCGGCCAUGCGACAGAACCAGAACCAGAACCAAAAUCAAGCCCGCUAUAGUCAGCCUACCAAUGGACAGUCUCCACAGACCUCAACCCCGCCCGUCGAUGUAUAUGCACAUUUACGCCAAAGCCCGCCAACACAAGACUCUCCCAACGGGCAGCUCCAGCUUGAAGCAUCGCAAAACACCUUCCCGGCAUAUCCACAACACAACGAGUUCGAUAUGCCAGUCGAUCCAGCUCUCAUGGAAGGUGUCAAACGCAACGGAAGCCUCGCGGAUUUACCGCCCUCACCAUUCUUGGCUGCGGGAGCCGGGCUUAAUGACCUCUUCAACUUCACAAGCAUCAGGAGCGAACGAGCGGGCGCCAACAGCAAGAGAGGAGAUGAGGCGGAGGUUGAACCGUGUGGCAGAAUUUGGUUCCAAGUAAGCAUGAGCGAUGCUGACCAGUGA